AUGGCACUUCCCCCGGCUGAAAAGAAGGAGCCUAUGGAGGCGCAGAUUAAGUCUGUGGACAUGACCGAGGAUAUGCAGCAGGAGGCUAUUGCCCUCGCCAUUGAGGCCAUGGAGAAGUUCAGAGUUGAAAAAGAUAUUGCCCAGUAUAUCAAGAAAGAGUUCGACUCCCGCAAGGGCGCCACCUGGCACUGCGUGGUUGGUCGUAACUUUGGAAGCUUCGUCACCCAUGAGACUAAGCACUUCAUCUACUUCUACCUCGGACACUGCGCAAUUCUGCUCUUCAAGACCCAAUAA